GGGGGUCGGGGGGGGGCACUCUCAGAGGGGAAAUAGAGCAGAAGAAUCUGAGCCUGACAAAAAGGAAUCCAGCAUGGCUCCAGAUGAGCGAAAGACUGAAAACAACAGAUUAGAGGAACCCAGGGCUUGUUCCCAUGGAAACCUUUGCCCAGGGAGAUGAGGAUGAGAAUGCAGCAGAUUGUAGGUCAGACCAGCCAUCAGCCGUCCAAUCACACCUAAUCUCUGUCCACAAAGCCGUCAGUACAUCAACUACAUCAGGUUCAAAUACUCUUUCAAUGCUGAGUUCACAUUCUAUCCUGCCUUCAAAAUAUAAUAAAAAAAAAAAACUCAUAAUAAAUCACCUCAUUAUUUCAUUUCAUUAAGUCGGCCCAUGCAUAUUUAAUUUAAUUGAAUUUUCUUACUGCAAAUCAGGGUUUGUGCAAGAAAAGUUGUAAGAUUCUUGACAUGGAAGUGUGAAAAUCCGAGUAAAUUCUUAUUAUUACUAUUGUUUGACAUAUAAAAGAGGGAAGGCCAAAAGAAAAUUGCACAAAAAUGUCAUUGGAGACACAACGUAAUACGUCCAAGAGCUGCAGCAGAGGAAGGAACAAGAAGAAGAGGUUUUUCAAGUACGUGUGCACGUGUAGAAAUGUAAUAAGAAUACAUUGAAUUUUCCUAAUCCGUCACUCACACCAGUCUGGACGAAACCAUAAUCCAGAGCCGGAACACGCACUCUGCUUCAUAUUGGAUUUACAAAAUAAAUAAAAUGAAAUGAAAUGAAAACACAAUUAAUUGGCAAUCAUAAAAUAACUGUAGUGUUAAAUUUGUAAUAGUGUUUAACAUAUGAAUUGACUUCAUUAUGUCAUUUGUCGUUUAAAAUAAAAAACGAAUUAAAAAUGGUUUAAUGUUAUAAUUUAUACGUAAUUGUUGUAGAACAUUUUUUAUUUGAAGAUAAUCCGGUGCUCUCUAAAUGUGUGAACUUUGUCACCUCUCCCAAUCCUCGUUCAAAGGGCGAUCUUUAUUUAUUUUAUUAGACUACGUCUCCCUCUACUGGCGAAAGUGUUGCAUUCAAACACAGCGUUCACCGACGGACGCAGAGCAGUUGAGACAGCUCUGUCAAAGCAGGAGGAGUUCUUCCAGGAUUCCUAAAGUAACCCGGAUGUGGAAGUGCGACCAUUAGGUUUUUCAUUAUGUCCUUUAUGUGAAACUAAUGACAAUAAUGGUUAUAUUGACGCUCAUUUACUAGGUGAUAAGAGGCUGAGAGGACAAGGUAUUUUUUAUAGCAUCCAUUUUACUCUUACACACUCUAGGAAACACCAGUUGACCUGUGAGGUCAUUGGACUGGACCGCUGAUGUAAUGUCCCAUUAAUUGGUCUCCUAACUGAAACCCUGUCCUCCUGCUGCACUGAUGAAGAGUAUCCAUCAAUGGAUGAGUGAUGAGAGUUAACUCCACAGGAUGUGAGAUGAUUUGAUUGCUGAGGAUGAGUGCUUAGCAGGUUUUCCAUGCCGUGGUCCUCCUUACGUUCCAUGGCGUCUGCCAGCAGAUUAUGAUGUCACAGUGGAAAGAGGAAGAGAAUCCUGCAAGCUCUUCAUCUGGGGCCAGGGAUCACAGUUGGGAUUAAGUGCAUGAUGGUAGUGGUCUGUGGCCAGUGACUGCUCAGCAGCAGUGGAGUUCAUGCUGCUCUGCUGGAUUUUUCUCCGGAAAUGAGAGUCUGGAUCUUUUGCUGCCAGAUGAAGAAGUAUGCAGAGAUUAUAGGACGAAUCUAAGGUUGGAAUCUUUCUCCAAACUUUUCUAAGUCGCAGCUAAAAAACAAAACAAACCGUUUUCUUACUUUAUUCUAUUCUUAUUCUAUUACAGACAGACUUUUUCACUCUUUAUUCACCAGCUAACUGCCACAGCCACUAGGGCAAAGAUGAAGGUGAAGUGGACAAUGCUGGGGAUGGUCGUCUUCUUCCUGCUGUCUGUGGUCAUGACCUGCUGUUUCAUAUGGCAGUACAGGAUGCCCAAACUGAAAACAGAGGUGGUUGAAGACACAGAAUCAGCGGAGGAGAUGUGUCCUCGCUUCCCUGAACCCGUGCCACUGAAACAUCCCAUUCCAUCACUGCGGUUGGCCUUAGAGAAGAUAGACUCACUCUUGAAGGCGAGUGUCCACCCCACCAGGCUGCCUGCCAUAUCGGCUAUUGUGGUUUUAAAUGACUCUGUUCUGUGGAAUGGGAACUUUGGGAAAAAGAACUCAAGCGACCCCGCCUCGCCUGCGCCGAACGAGUACACAGUGUACAGAAUUGCCAGCCUCUCUAAAAUAUUCCCCACGCUGAUGCUGUACAAGCUCUGGGAGGACGGACUGGUCACGUCUCUGGACGACCCUCUGGAGAAGUACGUCAACAAUUUCACCAUCAAAAACCCAUUUGGGAAAGACACGGGUCCAGGGUUAUCGUCAGGCAGAACUGUGAGCAUCAGAUCUUCAGGACUGAGUCUGCGUAGACUGGCCAGCCAACUCUCAGGGUUACCCAGAAGAUUAAGGUCGACUAAUCUGCUUUGGAGCGGAGACACACAGUCGGCUCUUAAUUUGUUAGAGGAUGAUGUCCUGGUGGCAGAUCCAGGGACAAGAUGCCACUACAGUAACGUUGCCUUCUCCUUACUGGCCAACAUCUUGGCCCAGAAAGUUGCUGGUACCGACUUUGAGGGGUGGGUGUCAGACCACAUUCUGGAGAAGCUGAACAUGGAGGACACUGGAUUCAACCUAACUCCAGCCAUUCAGAGGAGGAUGGCUGUGGGCGUGUACAACGACGGCCGACCCGCUCCACUCUACGAUCUGGGCUGGUACAGACCUGCAGGUCAGAUGUUCUCCACAACAGCUGACAUGGCUAAACUGAUGAUGGCGCUAUUUGGUGUCUAUGGUGGAACUGUGCUAAGACAAGACACCCUGAACACCAUGAUGACCCCGGUCUUCCGUUGCCAUGACGGCUACUUUGCCAACUCCACUGGCACACCUUGGGAGAUCAAUGAGCAGCUGGGUUACGAUGUAGUGAGGAAGGACGGUGACCUGGACGGUUACGCUGCCACUUUCUCCCUGGUGCCAAAACUCAGGUUGGGACUAGUAGUCUUCAUGGCUGGGGUCCGGCCUGCGGACCAGGACCUUGUGAACCAGGCCUACAGUUAUCUCAUCCCUGCGUUGAAGAAUGCUUUUAGGGACGCUCAGAAAACUCUGAGACCACCGCCAGACCCCGCUCCAUAUAUAGGCUUUUACACUUAUAGAAAUAUGACCUUCUAUGAAAUUAAGGCAGAUUCUGGUGGAGUUCUCAUCAUGCAGCAGUUUGGACCUCAGAUUGACAAAAGUGUGCCGUCCAAGUACAGGACAAUCCGUCUAGAUUACCUGCAGGACAGGGUGUUCAGCGUGGUGUUGGAGAGACCAUAUCCCUGCAAACUGGUGUUCAACAGCGCCGCAGUCUCCCUGGACGUCCAGGACGGACAGCUGUUCAAUUUUUAUGUCUUUAACAAGAAAGGUUUGUCCACAGGGUUCGAUUCCCCCGGCCUCAGUACAUACACAGUGACACGGAUAGCUGGCAAGCCCUUCUUUCUUUCUCAGUAAAAAAAGAAAAAAAAGACACAAUAACUAAACAUUGACUGUGUCGUAUGAAUAAAAGUGAUCGCUUUCAAAAUAUAUCUUUGGUUUCAUCCUGCUCUGAGCCUGAGUUUUCAUAUUUAAAGAAUCAGCUGUGCUAACUUUUCACUUUACUGGACUGUGAAUACUCCAAAAACCUACACUGAUCUUCAAAUAUUUUUCCUAGGACAGCAGAGGCAUCACUCCUCUAAUUGGUUAGGUUAGUAAUAUAGGAGUUGACCACAAAUGUAGCAAACAUUUGGCAGCAUCUUAUCUUAUGAUUUAUGAGCAAUUCCUAUGAAGCCCAUAUGGAACCUCAUGACAGACAAAUGUGGGUCACUCCUUUCAGCCCACUUUGCACUCAGUGAAAGUCAAAACUGAGUCACAUCCGUGUAAUUGGCUGAGAUGGCUGUGUUUUCAUUGGCCAAAAUGAGUAAGUAUUUCCUAAAGUGCCUACAGACAUGGGGUCAUACAAGGGUAAUUGUUACUUUGAUGUUUUGGUCUUUGUAUUUUGAACUAAUCUAUUAGAAUGUUUUUUCUGUACAUGUGUGAAAUUGUUGAAAUAAAAUUAUAAUGACUGAAUAACAACUGAUGUUCUAGAAAAUUAUUUUUGGUGUAAUUCAAAUUUCCAGACAGCUUUAAGUUUGGCUCAUACAGAGAGUUGUGGUAUCAGGUGAGGGAUGGAAACAGAGAACAGACUCAGUACACCCUUUGAAAUAUUCAGAGAGCUUUGAACUGCAGACAUGUGUCAGAAGCUUCUUAACUAUUAAAGCAAGAACAAUGAUUAAAAACAACUAACCAAAGAGUAAAAAGUCAGAUACAGCAAGGAAAAAAAGUCCAUUGAAGAUAUUUUGAGCUUGUAUCAACAUAUUACACAUUUGAAAAGAUGCUAU